AUGAUGUCCACUUAUGGCAGGUACAAAUUAGCCUUAGGACAUUUCAUCAACAGUGGACACACUCUUUGGACAACUGGUGCUUGUAUUGACCGCCUCAACGGAUUUAGCUGUAGCUGCCAAGGAGGAUUCAGUGGCUCACGAUGCGAACUGAAAAAUGUUCAUGGCGGUUACUCACAGUGGUCGUACUGGACCCAGUGUACCAAGUCAUGUGGAUCAGGAACUCAGCGUCGCUCUCGCUCAUGUACCAAUCCCCCACCAGCAAACGGUGGACGAGUUUGUAGUGGACUAGGGCAAGCUACAGAAUCGAGAAGAUGUAACACACAAGGUUGCCCAGUUCAUGGCGGUUACUCGCAGUGGUCUUACUGGACUCGGUGUACCAAGUCAUGUGGAUCGGGCACUCAAAGUCGCUCUCGUUCAUGCACCAAUCCCCCACCAGCAAACGGUGGACGAGACUGUAGCGGACUGGGACAAGCUACAGAACUGCAAAGAUGUAACACACAAAGUUGCGCAGUUCAUGGCGGCUACUCGCAGUGGGCUGGUUGGUCUCGUUGUAGUCAGUCCUGUGGUCCAGGAAAUAAAUACCGUCAUCGUUCUUGCACAAAUCCUCGGCCAGCAUACGGAGGACAAGGGUGUAGCCACCUUGGACCAAGUAGAGAAUCGCGGACUUGUAACAUUGAGCGGUGCCCAGGUACUAGUUUCAUGAAAAGUGAUGAAAGCACUAAUCCAUGCAUUGCAUGA